CAAAAGUGUUGCCAAAUUAGAUUUACGAUCGCCGGGCGCGCCAGUGUAUCUUGAAUUGUGGCGAACGGUAGCAGCUAUAGAAGCAGCAACCAAAAAAAAAAAACAUUCAGAACAACGCAUUGCGAACAAGGAAAAGUUCAACGAAAAUUUUUCUACUUUCAGUGAUUUUACAAUGGCAAUUUUGUUAGUUCAUCUUCGACGCCUCAUUCUGCUGAUGAGCAUCGUCUACCUCAGUGGCGCUGUGAUGCGUCGCCUGUUGAGCGAAUCUCGGCACAAUUACUUGCAGCAUAUAAAUGGCAAAAUGUUUGCGGCACGGCAUUUACACUUCCAGGCCUGGGCCUAUAUUUACACCGCCUAUGCGUAUGUGGUUUUGGUGAACUAUGUGAGUGUGAGGCGAUUAACGAAUAUGUUGGAAUUCUUUCUCACCUGAUGGAUAUUUUUUACUCAUAUGAAUAUAUUUUAAGAGCUCUUUUAAAAACAGUAUGUAUAUUGGUAAAUAAAAU